AGCCCUGUUGCUCCUCUCCCCCUUGAAUUACAGAGAACCAUAUUACCUUCGUCAAAACUGUGCUUACGGUUACUUUCUAUGUUCCCUCCAUUAAGCUUGGAUUCAUCCGUAGUAGCUGGUUUGGAUUCGAUGGAGGAGGUCGUUGGGGUGUUCAAAGCGGAUAAUUUUGCGCGCUUCAGAACCUGGCUCUCACCGUCUUCAUUGGUUUCAUCACUUGCUGGUGUCGCUGUGGCAUUGAGUACUGCAUUGACCUUGGUGUCGCCUUCUUCAGUGCUCGUACUUAUUAGUUCACUAUCUGCUUCGAAUCCUCGUUUCUGUCCCGCUUGUACACUCAUGCUCUGCUGGCGAGAUAAAUGGGGGAUAUUAGCAGAAAGCGAAACCAAGCAGCGCUCAAAGACAUGCAAUGGCCCGUAAACAGUCACACAUAACAUUCACUCUGAGAUUCUACCGUAAAAAACACCCCACCAUAGCAACAUCAAUUUGAUGACGCCAUCAAUUGAAC